AGAUGUCAGAGGACCUGGCAAAACAGUUGGCUAGCUACAAAGCUCAGCUCCAGCAAGUAGAAGCUGCCUUGUCUGGGAACGGAGAAAAUGAAGACCUCUUGAAAUUGAAGAAGGAUUUGCAAUGGCUCUCUGCAUCCCCGAAACGCCUUCCUUCAGUAAGCAGAGUGCUUGAGUGCACCCCCUUUGACCUGCUGAUAGUAGAUCACAACACCUGAUGCCUCCUGGGAUUGCCGUUACUGUAACUGCUGCCCAUCUGUCAAUGAAGGAGCAGUUUCAGAACUCACACUUGGGGGAGGAAAAGUAAUUAAUGGAAGUUAUAGAAUUGACCAAAGACCUUCUGUCAACUCAGCCUUCGGAAACCCUUGCAAGUUCAGACAGUUUUGCUUCUACUCAGCCUAGCCACUCCUGGAAAGUAGGGGACAAAUGUAUGGCCAUCUGGAGUGAAGACGGACAGUGUUACGAAGCGGAGAUUGAGGAGAUAGAUGAAGACAAUGGCACGGCUGCAAUCACCUUUGCUGGUUAUGGCAAUGCUGAAGUGACUCCAUUGUUGAACCUCAAACCCGUAGAAGAAGGAAGGAAGGCAAAAGAGGACAGUGGCAACAAACCCAUGUCCAAAAAAGAAAUGAUUGCCCAGCAGCGUGAAUAUAAAAAGAAGAAAGCUCUGAAGAAAGCACAAAGAAUAAAAGAGCUAGAGCAGGAAAGGGAGGACCAGAAGGUGAAGUGGCAGCAAUUCAACAACAGGGCGUACUCCAAGAACAAGAAGGGCCAGGUAAAGAGGAGUAUUUUUGCUUCGCCGGAAAGUGUGACGGGCAAAGUUGGAGUAGGAACCUGUGGGAUUGCUGACAAGCCUAUGACCCAGUAUCAAGACACAUCUAAAUACAAUGUCAGGCACCUGAUGCCGCAGUAAUCUCAAGACACAUCUAAAUACAGUGUCAGGCACCUGGUGCCGCAGUAAUCAGAGAGACUGUUGGAGUUCAUCUCUGCAGGGCUUUACAUUUACCUUUUUAUCCUUAUAUUUUUCUAAAGGUAAAUUAUUUGCUAGAUGAGUAAGGAAGAUAAAUUGUUGUCAUUGUUUGGCUUUGGUAGAAUGAAACUUGAAGACAUUUGAUAACUGCUAUCAUUUAACUUUUCAUUACUACUUAUGACAGAUCCCUCGAGUUUGUUGAACAAGGCAACUUUUCUAGGUAGAUGCUGCUUAAGUCAGCACUUAGAUGAUUACUGGACUUCUGGCCCCCACUUAACUAAUGUUGAGUAGACAUUUUAUAAGUCCUAAUUUGGAGUUUUCAGGUGCUUUGCACUUGACGUAUCCCAACAGUUCAUUGGAACAUCACCGCAAAAUGCCAGCCUGCUAAAGACAUCUUCAGUUUGAUAACCUGGCCAUUGUGCAGACAAGCCCGAGUAUGGGUUAAUUUAUAAACAGCAAAGUUUGGUUUGAGGUUUCUCCUUGAAUUACUUGUUUCUCGGGCCUGUUAGGUCACCUCUACAAUUGACUCACUUUGUAUUUUUUUUGUCAUUGAGUUUGAAUUUUAUAUUAAAAAACAAGCAAACCAUGUUUAGGAUGUGCUCCCCUUCUCUGGUGUUUAUUUGGUGUUUUGUAUUGUUUUUUUCCCUUUGUUGAUUUUUCACUUGUGGCAGUGGUACCAUUUUUGGGAUGUGUGAUGUUUAUAUGGGAAAACAAAAAGCUGAUGUAUAGCCCUGUAUACAGUGUAGAUACUAUUUUUGUAAAAAACAAAAAACCAAAACAAAACAAACCCAAGGCUAAAUUAAUGAACAAGAGUACUAAAUGUUUCACAAUUAAAUUUUUUCUGUAUUUCUUGUGCAUUAAUCUGCCCAUAAUUUCCCUGUAUAUUAUGUUCAUGUAGCUGAGUUUGUAAUUUUUAUUAACUAGAUCAAGUUGCCAGCAUUUGUUGGCCUAAGUGAGCACCACAGUUAUUCCAAGUUGAGUUUAAGCCAAAAACAUGGAUAGAAAAAGGGUCUUCCUGUUAUUGGAAGAAGACACUUUUUGGGUGUGUGCUAAUUUCAGUUUUGUAUGUUUAACUUUAAUAAAUAAAGUGUUUUUAAACUCUC